ACGUUCUAUACCACUCCAUCAGGUUUGUCCGCCCGUUGUGCCAUGAAGGAGAAAAGCAAAAAUGCGGCCCGUUCGCGUCGUGAAAAGGAAAAUGUGGAAUUUUUGGAGCUUGCAAAGCUAUUACCAUUACCCAGUGCCAUCACGUCACAGCUUGACAAAGCGUCAAUCAUACGGCUGACUACAUCCUACCUAAAAAUGCGACAAAUCUUUCCCGAAGGGCUGGGAACAGCGUGGGGCGCCGAGCGUAACAUUCAUCCGAGUGGACGAGACACAAACAUUAAGGAGCUCGGUUCACAUUUGCUCCAGACGCUGGAUGGUUUUAUCUUCGUGGUUGCACCUGACGGUAAGAUCACAUACAUCUCGGAGACAGCUUCGGUACAUCUCGGGCUAAGCCAGGUGGAGCUUACCGGUAACUCGAUCUAUGAGUACAUCCAUGCAUACGAUCAGGAAGAGAUGGCGGCCAUCUUAGCGUUACAGCAAGCGCAUCCCGGGCCGCCAUUAAAUGUGUCACACAGCGUUCCUGCUGCUACUGCCCUGUACAACAACCAUACAACUGGCACACUUGGAUCCGUUGGGUUUGAAAACACCUCUCCUGUUUGUAGUGAUACUUUAUCACUAUCAUCGACACCGGCAGCAUUUGCCAGCACACAACCACAGCAAUACCAUGCGCAUACGGAACCGCGAUCACUACCAUACGAUCCGACUGAACUACCCUCGUCCCAGAACCUUCACCAAGCUAACCAUCGACAUAGUUUCAGCCAGCAACAGCGAUCGUACGUCAUCGAAAUGGAACGCACGUUCUUUCUCCGGAUGCGCUGCGUGCUUGCGAAACGCAAUGCAGGACUCACAUCGUCUGGAUAUAAGGUAAUUCACUGUUCCGGCUAUUUAAAGGCACGCGUCUUUCCUCACGAAUCACCCAACGCGCCAGGGCACUGUUGCAUACAAAAUCUUGGCCUAGUUGCCGUUGGUCACUCGCUGUCUCCAUCGGCGGCUACCGAAAUCAAACUGCAUCGCAACAUGUUCAUGUUCCGAUCGAGCUUAGAUCUAAAGCUGAUCUUUCUUGAUGCAAAAGUUUCACAGCUUACUGGAUAUGAACCGCAGGAUUUGAUUGAAAAUACUCUUUACCGGUACGUGCAUGCGGCGGACGUUGGUCAUAUAAGACAGGCUCAUCAGACGCUUUUACAAAAAGGCCAAACAAUAACCAAAUACUACCGAUUCCUAACAAAGGGAGGAGGCUGGAGAUGGGUUCAAUCAUAUGCCACGAUCGUACAUAACGCCCGGUCCUCUCGACCACACUGCGUCGUUAGCGUUAAUUAUGUUCUUAGUGAGUUUGAAGUGCAAAAUCUUCUACUGGAUGAUAAUCAGGAACUAAAAUCAAUGUUAAGGCCACACUUGGAGCAGGUGAAUCUAUCGUCGACACCACUGUUCAAUGCAUCAGCAACUCAUGAUAAUCCCCCAGUAGCGCAAGAAAACGGCUCGGAUAAAACAUAUCAUGGAAAUCAGCAUUUCUCCAACCACAAUGAACCGGCUCGAACGAUCCAGCAGUCGGAACCAUUCGCAACCGGUAUCGAACCUAGCAAAGAGUUGGACCAUUUUCUUCAGCUCCAUCACACUCUCGAUUCGAACGAGAGCAUGAUCGGUGAGCUGAAUGGCAGCGCAAAUGAUGAUUCCUUCCUUCCGAACGAUCUUUGUUACGAUCAGUCAUCUCACUUCACAACUCAGACACAGUUAAGCUACCCAUUCGACGAUACACAGUCCUUACCGGCGUCAGGUGAUUUUCUUGAUCCAUUUUACGAGCAACUCUACUCGACAUACGAUACGCAUCCACCCGAUCGAGAAUUGAUUCUUCGCUCCUGUUCCGUUAGUACGAGCGGGUCAGAUACAACUUAGGGUGGAAUGUGUUUGUGAUCUACUAAUGCAACAAUUAAUCCAGUGAUAUUCAUUCGUCCCCCAUGCCAGUGCGAUCUUUCUGCAACCUUUACCUAUUUUCGGCGUUUGUCAAAUAAUACUCAAUUCAUUUUUUUUUUGCAAAGAAUAUUAUUGAAACAGUUUGACACUGAUUUACUGCAACUUAAAGUUAAGUUAAAACCAAUCACAAGAAGUAUUUGGUAAAUAAAGCAAUAUUCAAAAGAUAAAAAUGCCUACCAUAAUUUUGAAAAUGAUAUGAAUGACCAUAUAACGUAUGUGAUAAACGGCGCCGGUUCUACACGACAGGACAAGCAUUAGUCUCUGAUAAAUGCCUUUUUCAUCAGUCGCUAGGGCAGAAAGCGAGUUACAGAAGUCUGGAAAUGUUAAUCAAACAAACCGUCUAGAUCACUAGACUUAUUAUAACCAAGCAGCUGGACAGUCGGUUCUUGCUACGUGGGGACGGCACGGAUGGAAUUUGAUGCCCGGUCCUGUCGUGUGGUUCGUUUAUCGCAUACACUAUCGGGUCGCCCAUACACACCCACAUACAGUGCUCAAUUCCACCGAGUAGUCAUAGUUGCACACACAAAUUAGACCAAAUGCUACGUAGAUUUAUGUAUGUUAUUCCUUUAUGCAUAACAAUGUUACCUUUACAUUUAUAUAGAAGAAUAUUAUUUAGGUAUGCAAUUGUUUCCUCCCUUCUGGUACUGAAUUUCGAACAAAAAGUAGAAAUUAACGUGUCUGACGAUCAUACCUGAUAAUUGAUUUUACCGUCCUGUUUCUAUCGCGUACCUAAUAUGCUUGUGUAUUUCAUUAAAUUAAAUAUGCAGCUCGAUUAAAUUCGUCCAUACUUUUGCGUAAACAUGAGUGUAUGGGUUUACUCAUUUUGAAGCUCGCUGAAUUUUGUUACUGAAUUUUGUUGUUUUCUUAAAUAUUUUCUUUACUCGCAAUGUACCAAGAU